AUGGGGCUGGGCGGCCCUGCCAGCACCUGCCUGGCCCUGCCGCCCGCCAAGCACAAUCACCCUGCUGUUGACACAGUUGCUGAUUUUCAGAAGGGUCGGGAGGGACGGGAGGGCAGAAGCAGCAAAGGUGCCAGAAGUAGGAGGCCUACAGGCCCACAGCCCACGGUGGGGGCGGAGGCGGGCCUGCUCAGCGGUCAUCCCGAAAGGUGCGGGGUAGGUGGGGACCCGUUCCUUUGUGAAAAACUUUGCCGAGGAUGGAAACUCGCAGAGAAAAGACCCAGCGUGUGCUCAGAAACGUCGGGUCGCGAGUGUCAAAACUUCGGAGGGCGGGCGAGAGAGACGCGACGGCGCGCUCCGGGCACGGAGGGGCGCACUUACGACUCAGCCGGGCGCCGGGCUCGCGGCUCGGCGCUCCCGCUCCUCCUCCGUCCGGGUCCUCGAGGCCGGCAGCCCGGGCUUCCCGUUCACAUGCCCCAGCGGCGCGGCGGCCGGGAGCGCCGGGCCGGGGCGGCCGCGCCGGGAGGAGGCACGCCCCCCGCCGUCCGCCGGGCAGUCGGCCGGGACUCGCAGCCACCCCGGGUCCGCGCCCCGCCGCGCGCCGCCGUUGCGGGCGGAGAGCUCGGUUCCGGCCGGGCGGCGCCCUCGGCCGGGCCAGGCCGCUCCCUGCACUCUGCCCUCUGCCCUCGGCGCGCAGCCGGCUCCCGGCCUUCAGCGGUCCUGUGCUCGGACUCGCGGGCUCCGGCGCCGGCCCGCCCGGCUCUCCCACUCCGCGAUCCGCGCCUCGGCUCGGUCCCCACUCACGGCCUCGGAGACUGA